GAGUGGAGCCGAUCCGCUACUUGAGCGUGGACGCACACGGGGGGGACUUGGAGCACCGGAUCUUUUACCCGUAUGUCCACUCUCUCUGCCUACAGUCGGCUGGUGUUCAGAGGAUGACCGCAGAUGCUCAGCGAGUACUCAUAUGACUUGAGAAGCUUUGGUUUUUCCAACAGAAGAGCAGAUUUUUCAAGGGGACAUAUUUCGGACCGGACAUAGGAGGAAACUAAAGUUGCGCACGGUUACUUUAUUUCAAUUUUCAUCCUUGUUGGACGCACGGGACGUAACCACAGAGUGUUUGAAGAGGCUCUAUCAGCCUGAAGGUCUCCGGUUCAACUUUUUUCCCAGAGGCGCCUGAGAAGGAGUUUACGGUUUUUUUUUUCUUCUUCUUCUUCUCUCCACGGGAGCUAUGAGCGGACUGCGUAAGCACGUCACUAUGGGACUGGUGCUACUGAUGUGCACGCUGACCGGCCACUGCAGCGAGAGCGCGCCCUCGUCGGCCCCGGCAGCAGCCGGCAGGGACUUGAGGCGGAUGGUGGAGAUCGUGAGGCACGUGGAGGAGAACCGGGGUCGCCACAGCGCGAAAACGGAAGCCCCGUUAACAUCACGGGUGAGGAGUACUCCGGUGGAACCAAGGGAUUUACUGAGAGUAGACAGAGGGGAUCAGGCUGUCGUCGUAUUCCCCAGAGAUGUCAAAAAGAAGGAGAAGUUCCUAAAACAUAUAACAGGUCCGCUUUACUUCAGUCCCAAGUGCAGGAAGCAUGUGUACAGGCUCUACCACCACACCAGAGACUGCACGAUACCUGCAUACUUCAAAAGAUGUGCACGGCUUCUCACAAGACUAGCCGGCAGCCCGCAGUGCACAGAGGGGUAACCCACACAAGGUUGAAACCAAACACAAGUUCUGCACAAGAAAAAAAAACUUGGGAAAAAAGUGCCUUGGACAGUACGAGGGAAGCCUAAAAUACUCUGACCAGCCCCAACUGACAUUAGGCACAGCUUUGCCCUUCAGUGAGGUCUGAUCUUAUGAGGCGUGGAUUACCGCCAGCCACCGCUCUGGCUGGGCCUCAAUGGUUGGCUGUCACCACGAGGGAGCAACUGGCCAACAAAACCAGACCACGAUAAAGAUGGUGAAACUGACGAGUGGAGAAAGAAACAAGUGGCUGAGAGAAACAAACACGGGGCCUAUUUUCCUGCUGGCAUCCAAAAAGAUGUUAAAAAAAGGGAUUGCAUAGUUUAUUUCUUUAAGAGCCAAAUCCAAAUGUCUUUAGUAUGUUGGUUUGCUCUGUUUGAGUGUUGUGGGUUGAGCCCGUCCCUUCUGCUGCACUACCCCUGGCAAAAAGCUCUCACAGACCCCUGACAUCAGUCACGGCUUAGUUUCACCCACUUGUGCUCACACUGAGAAAGAACUGUGAUUAAAUUAUUGAUUGCAUGAAUAUUUCUCUGUGUCUUUGCAACACAUGUUUAAAAAAGGAAGUGGCAGUUGGAAGUCACAGCCCUCCUGUGGAUCUUGGUAGAGCGUGGUAAAAUCUGUAUUUAUAUAUUUGAGUUGUCACAAUGUUCCACUGUACAGACUAUAGGCCAUAUGAAACAAGAGAAAUGUGUACAUACUGUAAAGCUAAAUCCACCUAUCUACCGUAAAUUAAAGUGACUGGCAUUUAUCAAAUGGCUGUUAAAUACAU